AUGGUCACCGCAAAACUUACAGGAAGUAAAAUAAUUCAAUAUGGUGACGUUCUCAUAGAUACCACCAGAAAUGCUGUUGUGUGUUCAAAAACACCAAAAAGCUGCUUAUGGCCUUCUUCACAAGAUGGGAAUGUCUAUGUACCAUAUGUGAUUGAUAAAAUAUACACUGAAGAUCAGACAAAAGUAAUAUGGAAAUCUCUGCAAGAGAUUAGUUCCCUUACUUGCGUGAAGUUUUAUUAUAGGCGAAGUAAUGAACCCGGUUAUAUUUCUGUUCAAUCAGAAAAUGGAUGCUAUUCAUAUGUUGGGUACAGACCCACUAAAAGAAAAUUAUCACUGAAAGUUCCAGGCUGUGUGCAUUUUGGUUUGGUUGCACAUGAAUUUCUACAUGCAAUUGGUUUUCAACACGAGCACUCCAGAAGUGACCGUGAUGAAUAUCUCAAGAUAAUGUGGGAAAAUGUUCCAAAGGGAAGAGAACAUAAUUUUAAUCUAUUGAAGACAAAUAAUCUAGGCACAGUGUAUGAUUAUGGCUCAAUCAUGCACUAUGGCAGAUAUGCUUUCUCCAAGAAUAAAAACCCUACAAUGGUACCGAUACCGGAUCCAAAUGUUGAAAUUGGACAGGCACGAGGACUUUCCACAAAAGAUGUUAUAAAGAUAAACAAGUUGUAUAGUUGUGACAUAUGUGGAGGCAUGUUGAUAGCUGCAUCUGGAAAUAUAACCUCUCCAAAUUUCCCUGGAUUAUAUCCUAAUAAUGCUGACUGCAAGUGGCUAAUUCGGGCACCUCAUCGUUUGAAGAUUCUCUUGGAAUUCUUGAGAUUUCAAAUACAAGAAUUUGCAGCAUGCAUUGGUGAUCAUUUAACAAUUUAUGAUGGUUCCAGUAUUCAUGCAGAUAUCCUUGAAGGACCAAUUUGUGGAGCAGAUAAUCCGGCUGCAAUAUCAACACGAAAUGAAUUAUUUAUAACGUUCACCUCAACUCGGAAAUUACAAGCAACUGGUUUUGCUGCCAAAUAUAAAUUCAUUACCUGUGGGUAUAUGCUGAAAUCCAGAAGCGGAGAAAUUGAGAGCAAAUCUCAUCCUUCCAAUAAUGUACACUGUUUUUGGGUCCUGCUGGUGAAAAGAUAUUAUAAGUUGACCUUGAUAUUUCAAGAAUUGAAGCUUAAGGAGAGCUCAAACUGUACAGAAAAUAGUGUGAUCAUUCAUGAUGUCGCACAAUCCCCUUCUGUUGUGGCAGAACAAUACUGUAAUAAAGUGUCAUUACCAUUAAAAACGAAUUCCACUGGACGUGCAGUUAUUAUAGAAUUUCAACACAAACCAUCAGCUAAACAUGGAUUUAAAGUUUCUUAUGAAAGGAUUGUGAGUAAGUAA